UGUCUGAUAAAAAACCUUCAAAACCGACUCAAGUUUCUAAGAGUUUCACAAAAAAGGUUGCUGAAGAAUCUAAUAUACAUUCUUCGACCUCAAAGCAGACACCAAUUUCUAAGAUUUCCUCAAACAAAGAUAAUGCCAAAGUGUCUGAUAAAAAACCUUCAAAACCGACUCAAGUUUCUAAGAGUUUCACAAAAAAGGUUGCUAAAGAAUCUAACAUAUAUUCUUCGACCUCAAAACAGACUCCAAUUUCUAAGAGUUCCUCAAACAAAGAUAAUGCCAAAGUGUCUGAUAAAAAACCUUCAGAACCGACUCAAGUUUCUAAGAGUUCCACAACAAAUGCUCCUAAAGAAUCUAAUAUACGUCCUUCGACCUCAAAACAGACACCAAUUUCCAAGAGUUCCUCAAACAAAGAUAAUGCCAUAGUGUCUGAUAAAAAACCUUCAGAACCGACUCAUGUUUCUAAGAGUUUCACAACAAAUGCUGCUAAAGAAUCUGAUAUACAUUCUUCGACCUCAAAACAGACUCCAAUUUCUAAGAGUUCCUCAAAAAAAGUUAAUACCAAAGCGUCUGAUAAACAACCUUCAAAACAGACUCAAUUUUCUAAGAGUUUCACAACAAAUGCUGCUAAAGAAUCUAAUACCAAAGCGUCUGAUAAACAACCUUCAAAACCGACACAAGUUUCUGAGAGUUUCACAACAAAUGCUGCUAAAGAAUCUAAUAUAUCAAAACCGACUCAUUCUUUAAAAAAUUCUGAAGAAUCUGAUAUACUGCAUCCGACCUCAAAACAUACAUCUGUUAAACAAUAUCCAAAACAGACGCACAUUUCAAAAAGUUCGUACCAAAAGCUGACACCCACUUUUCAGAAAGGUUCAUCACAAUAUGAAGCUAAAACAUCUGAUAAAGGUCAUCAGAAAACCGAAUCACGAAGUAGUUCUAAAACAAAUUCUCAACAAAUUAUAGAACAGACAUCCACUCCUCAGAAAAUUAUGUCACAAAAUAGCGCCAAAACAUCUGCAAAUAAUCAUAUACCUACUCAGGAAUCUGCUUCAAAAACAUCAUUAGUUAAUAAGAAUAUGUAUAAAACAAGAUCAAUUAAUCAUUCAUCCGCUACCUUACAGGAUAACGCGCAAAAAUAUUUACAAACACGUUCAGUUAAAGUUACAGCGCCCACAAAAGAAACUACACUCACACCUACUUUAUUAGACAACAUAUCAAAGGCUUCAUCACCACCGGGUACUAAGGUUACUUCAGAAACAGUCUCACUAUUAAGUACAGGUGAAAGAAAUAAUUUUCGGCCAUCAAUAACAACACCACCUUUGAAUGAACCGUCUUUAACUGAAACGACUUCGCCUCAAACUCUAACGCCAAAGUCAUUAUAUUGGCCAUCAACAACAUAUUUUACUAAACCAUAUUUAUCUGAAAUAGCAUUAAAGACAACAUCCUUGACUAAAACUUCUAAUGAUGAUCGAUUAAAUCCUCCAUUAAGUACUACAGUGUCGAAGGCGACAGCUUUUACUGAAACACCACCAUUUUUAAAUAAAGUAACCACCGAGACGACACCUAAAAUAACUAUAGAGACGAAGGCGACAUUAACGAUGACAGCACCUACACCAUUUUUAGAUAAAACAAUUACGGAUACGACACCACCUAAAAUAACACCUACACCAUUUUUAGAUACAACAAUUACGGGGACGACACCACCUAAAAUAACACCUACACCAUUUUUAGAUACAACAAUUACGGAUACAACACCACCUAAAAUACCACCUACACAAUUUUUAACCACAGAGGCAACAUUAGCUAACACAGAAAUUACAAAGCCGACAUUAACUGAUGCAACUAAUUUGCCAAAAUCAACUAGUUCAAAGAAUAUUUACAUUACAAGCUUUACAUCACUUGGUUUUUCAACUCUUCGAGACGGUAAAACGGCAGAAUUAUUAACUACAAGUACUAACUCAAACCCUGAAACAACGAAUCAUCCCUUAAAACCAUCGACUACGAGUAUAUUCGUUACAAGUACUAAACCGCAACAUCACAAAACUCCAGACACAAAUGACGAUCCACCUCCACCUCCACCAAAAGUUACUAAAACUAAAGAUAAGCCUUAUAUCCCCGUCAUAACUGGUUCAUCCGAUUACUCCUCAUCACCGAACUCUGUUGGUAUGACCGUAAAAUUAAUAUCCUCGCUAUCUUGGGACACUAUUUGCAGCGAUCCCGACAUUCCUGCAUUAUUUGCUAAUGUGUUCCCGAACGAGAUAGUGAAUGCCGUUUUCAAAUCAACAAAUGUUAAAAUAUCACCACCAGAUAAAAUAACUGUAAUUCAAUUAUUACGUCAACCGGAUAAUAGUGGGGCUGUAUACAUGAAAGUUCCACAAACAGAAAACGGUGCUAUUAAAAAUGUUUUAAGCGAUAAAAAAAGUCCAUUUUAUCAGAAUAAAAAUUCACAAUGUAGAAAAUUAGUGGAUCCUAACUCUCCUAUUCUUAUGGAAGAUAAUUCGAUGGCGAACGCUCAAGCUGAGAAUGUCAAUAAUCAACCUAACGGUCCAUCUAAUGGUUCUAUUGGUGCAGUUAUUGUAAUAGCAGUUUGUGGAUCUACAUUAUUAUAUGCUGGACUAACUGCACUUGUGGUUCGAGCCUAUAGGAGGAGUAAAAAUAGGGCGCCUGCAGCUAGGCAGGAUGCAUAUGACAC